AUGGCUCUUCUGGGUUUCGCUGCUCUGAGCCUUUGUUUCUUAGCCAUAUCGUCCCAGCCUCACGCAGCAUCACCUUCAAGAACUGGCUCCUUCACCGCAAGACACGUUCCUGAUUCUUCUUCUUCUUCUUCUUCUUCUUCAUCACUUGGUAUCUGUGCUUCUUUUGUCAUCAUCCAUGGCUACCAAUGCCACGAGCUUCAUGUUACAACGAAAGAUGGAUAUAUUCUUAGCCUGCAAAGAAUUCCACAAGGCAGGGUUGUUGGAAGCAGCGGUGCUCAGAAGCCGCCUGUGAUUAUACAACACGGAGUGCUGGUGGAUGGGACGACGUGGCUUCUGAACUCUCCAGAGCAAAAUCUGCCCUUGAUUCUUGCUGAUAAUGGCUUUGACGUGUGGAUCGCUAAUACAAGAGGAACCAGAUUUAGCCGUAGACACAUCUUUCGGGACCCAUCCAGCCCUGCAUUUUGGAAUUGGUCAUGGGACGAACUGGUUGACUAUGAUCUACCAGCUGUUUUUGACUACGUAUUCAGCCAAACAGGACAGAAGAUUAAUUACGUGGGCCAUUCUCUGGGCACUUUGGUAGCCUUGGCAUCAUUCUCAGAAGGAGGCUUGGUGGACCAGCUUCAAGCAGCAGCCUUGUUAAGCCCCAUCGCCUACUUGAGCCACAUGAACACUGCCCUUGGAGUUAUCGCUGCCAAAGCCUUCGUUGGAGAGAUCACCACCCUGUUCGGUCUUGCAGAAUUUAAUCCCUUAGGGUUGCCUGUUGCUGCCUUUGUCAAGUCUCUCUGCCAUUACCCUGGCGUAGACUGUUACGACUUGCUGACGGCACUGACUGGUAAAAAUUGCUGUCUUAAUUCUUCAACAGUUGAUCUAUUCUUGAGGAACGAACCCCAGUCCACAUCCACAAAGAACAUGGUGCACUUGGCUCAGACUGUUAGACGUGGGGUUCUGGAAAAGUUCAACUACGUGAGACCAGACUACAACAUAAUGCAUUAUGGAGAAGUAACGCCUCCGAUUUAUAACCUUUCUAACAUCCCCCGUGACCUUCCUCUGUUCAUUAGCUAUGGAGGCCAAGAUGCGCUGUCCGAUGUUAUUGACGUUGGCAGCUUACUUGACCGCCUUAAGCUCCACGACGUGGACAAGCUCAGUGUUCAGUUCGUAAAAAACUAUGGACAUGCUGACUUCAUUAUGGGGAUCAAUGCCAAGGACAUUGUGUACAGUUCUGUUCUUGCCUUUUUCAGGCGUCAAUUUCAAACCUGAUAAUGGAAAUUGCAGCUUGUCCCCCACUAUAUCUUACAAAGAGUUAAGUAAAGUAGAAUGAGAAUGGUUAUGUACAAAGCUAUAACUGGGAUGAAUAGAAGAUACCUGGUGAAGUUUAACUAAUGGCUUAUUAGUCAUGAAGAACGCUAUGUUCACUACUCACUAGUAGUAAAAAUGGGAGGAGUACGUUAUUCUGUGUAGUAUUAUGGUUCAAAGAAUAUCUCGAUUUCAUUCUAUCCACAGGG